AUGGAUAAACACUAUGUAGGUUACAUAUUGGAUGGAUGCAACUUUUAUCCUGACAUAGGACUCACUGUGCUUAAGGAGAGGUAUCUCAUUACAGUCCGUGAUAACAGGCUAGUGAUGCAUGACUUAUUACGAGACAUGGGAAGAAAUAUCGUCCGAGGAACAUAUUGGAAUAGCUGGGAAAAAUGGAGUAGAUUGUGGGAUCGUGCGCAUGUUAUUGAUGUAUUGGCAACCAAUUCUGGUACUAACGCAAUUGAAGGACUCAGCCUGAAGGCUGAAAUUACGGGUGUUGAGAACUUGGAGGUUAAAGCAUUUUCAAAUUUACGGAAGCUGAGACUGUUACAACUCAGUCAUGUACAGGUCAAGGGAAACUAUGCACAUUUUCCAAGAGGUUUACGAUGGCUUUGCUGGUCUGAGUUUCCUCUUUACUUCAUACCAACAGAACUACAUUUGGGAAGUUUGGUUGUCAUGGACUUGCAGUACAGUAACCUUAAACGACUUUGGGAUGAUCAAAAGCAGCCACAAGAACUGAAAAAGUUAAAAUACCUUGACCUCAGUCAUUCCGUCCAGCUCACGGAGACUCCAGACUUCUCUUAUCUCCCGAAUCUCGAGACGCUGCUCUUGAUAAACUGCAAUAGACUGGUUUUGGUUCACAAUUCGAUAGGAACUCUUGAGAGCACGUUGGUACUUAUAAAUCUGAAAGGUUGCACCGAGCUUUGUGACCUCCCAUUGGAACUCUACACCUUGAAGUCGCUGGAAACUCUCAUUAUUUCAGGCUGCUCGCAACUUGAGAUAUUGAAUGAUGCUUUAGGUGAAUUGGAAUCCUUGACAACUCUUAAAGCCGAUUAUACCGCUAUAAGGCAAAUCCCCUCUUCGAAGACACUGAAAGAGUUAUCUCUUGAUGGCUGCAAAGAGUUGUGGAAAGACAGAGGCUACACCCAUUCUGAUGAAAGCCCUCAACCUGCUCUGUCUACUCCGCCCUCGUUAAAGAAUUUACUCUGCCUGAAGACUUUGCGUUUAGGUUCCUGCAAUCUAUCUGAUGAAUUGGUUCCUUCAAAUCUUGGGAGCCUGCCUUGUCUCGAGGAACUUGAUUUACAAGGAAACAACUUUCGUAAUUUGCAGACGGAUUUUGCUGGUCUCCUAAGUCUUCAGAUCCUCAGAUUGGAUAGUUGCUCACAACUUCAAUCCAUGUUUAGUGUACCAAAAAGGUUAAGAUCUUUCUAUGCCAGAAACUGUAGCAGGUUGGAAAGAACUCCGGACUUAUCAGAAUGCUCGAUGUUGCAAUCGUUGCACCUUACAAACUGUUACAACCUUGUUGACACGCCGGGGCUGGAUAAACUGAAAACGGUUGGACUCAUCCACAUGGAAAUGUGCAACCGCAUAUCAGCUACUUACCGAGAAAGAAUCAUGCAGGGAUGGGCUGUGGGUGCCAAUGGAGGGAUUUUUAUCCCCGGAUCAAGCAUUCCAGAUUGGGUUAGCUUCAAGAAUGAGACGCCUUCAAUCUCUUUUAGGGUUCCUGUUCCUGAAACUCUGAAUCAAGAUCCGGUCGGGUUCACCUUGUGGACACCAUAUGUGAGUCAGGAAGACAAUGAAAUGUCUGGAUACUCUCCAAAGAUUACAGUGAAGAACCAAACGAAAGGAAUUGUGUGGCGUCGCAAUCCUGCAACAGAUCACAUUCGUAUGUACCGUGAGAAACAUAUCUGGCAAGGACACUUUUCAAAUGAAGAUUUCUACUUAGAAACAGGGGAUAACGUGGAAGUUUCUGUGGACUUUGGAGAUCAAGUCACCAUUCUUGAGACAGGGCUAACUCUUGUUUACAGUUACAGGGAACAAAACCCUGAUGCCUCAGACGAACAUACUUCAAAUAUUGGGUAUGAGGUAAUCCCAGAUGUACAGUUGACACGAACAGGGGAGGAAGUUGAUGAUGGACUAAUCACAAAAGAAAGUAGACCUCCCAGGAAAAGGAGAGUGGGUUUGAAGAAACUUAUGAGGCUGUUUUGUCUGUUGGCAUUCAUUAUGUUUUUGUAA